UUAUUAGGUACAUUAAAAGCCGGUCAGUUGCAUGGAGUUAUCGUAAAAAUAUAAUUAAUAAUAAUUGUAAUGAAUCUUCUAUCAUUGUUUUUUAUAUUAUACUUAAAAGUCAGUGUAAUAUCCUGCCAGUCUCAGUGUAAAGAUUUACAAACAUGCAGUGAAUGUAUUAGUUUUGUAAACGACACAUGUGUCUGGUGUUCCGCGAGAGAACAUACUGGUCGGAGAUGUUACUCGAAAAUUUCGUUAGAGCCAUCGUGGUGUAAAGAACCGGUAUAUGAUCCAAAAGAAAUUGUUGAAACGACAUCUCAGAAAGAUUUUAAUGAUGGCAAAGAUAAAAAACAAAUAGUACAAUUUAAACCUCAACAUAUAAACAUUAAAUCACGGAUUAAUGUUCCUAUUACAUUUAACAUGUCUUACAAACCGGCACAAGAUUAUCCACUAGAUGUCUACUAUUUAAUAGAUUCAUCACAAACAAUGAAUACAUACAAACAGAGUCUUCGGGAUCAAGGUUUGCGGAUAUUCAAGGAACUGAAUAAAAUUACCAAUAAUGUCAGAUUAGGUGUUGGUGGUUUCAUUGAAAAACUCAGUUUACCUUUUGCUGACCCAUCAACCCAGGGACCGUAUACAUUUAAAAACAUCCAGGGAUUGACAAAUAAUGCAAAUUCAUUUAUACAAGCCUUAGAUAUCCUUCUGAAUUCAAACGGUUCUAAUAUUGACUCACCAGAGGCAGAUUUAGAUGCUUUAAUGCAAGCAAUGGUGUGUAAAGAUAUAAUUGGAUGGAGAAAAAAUUCACAUCGCAUUAUACUUAUUAGUACUGAUUCUACAUAUCAUAGAGCAGGUGAUGGUAAAUUUGUAGGUGCUAUAAGACCCAAUAAUAUGCAGUGCAACUUAAAUGAUAAAAAUUAUCUUAUAUAUGACUAUCCAUCUCUAAGUCAGAUUAAUAAAAUAGCAACAGAAAAUAAUAUAAUGAUUAUUUUCGCCGUCAACAAUGAGUCCAUAAAUGAUUACGAGGCUUUGGGAAGAAAAAUUAAAAACGCUAAAUGUGUGCCUAUACAAUUGGAAGGUGUAGUUGACAUGAUCAUAAAAGAGUAUUGGAGGCUAUUUAGUUCCGUACAAAUAGAUGCCACUGUGAACCCUUCUCUACGUUUAAAAUUUAAACCGGACUGUACUGUAAAAGAUUCAUGCAACUAUAAAAACAAAGAACCAGUUAAUAUAACAGUUACCCUAGUCAUUGAAUCGUGUUCAGAGAUAAACAACAAACAUGAGGUGAAAAUUGGACCAGUAACAAUUGAUGAAAAAUUAACAGUACAUGUAGAAGCAGAUUGUCAAUGUCACUGCGAAAAGCCUGGUGCCGGUGAAAAGGAUUCAGACGCAUGCAGUAAAGCUGGAACAUACCAAUGCGGAAUGUGUUACUGUAACGAAAACAGAUAUGGAGAUACAUGUAAAUGUACUGGAAAAACUCAAGAUUUAGAAAAAUGCAAAGCAAGUUCAAAUGAUCCUAAACCUUGUAGUGACCGCGGAAUCUGUAGUUGUGGAAAAUGUAAUUGCCCAAGUGGAUUUUCGGGUGAUUUUUGCCAAUUUGACGACGAUUCUUGCGUUCGCCCCGGUGGUAUUCUCUGUGCUGGUAAUGGGAAGUGCGAAUAUGGCAAAUGUCAGUGCGAUCAGGGCUGGCUUCCAGACGAUUGUCUUUGCCCAAGCAAUAACAAUAGCUGCAUUGCACCACAGUCGAAUGAGUUCUGUUCCGGGAGAGGGGACUGCAAUUGUGGUCAAUGCAAGUGCAAUACAGCAGACACUGGAUUUUGCACAGGCACAUACUGUGAGAAAUGCGUCGAAUCGAAAGCCAAUCGCUGUCCUGAAUUAGAAGACUACGCGUAUUGCAACCUCAACAUGAACAAAACCACGUGCGACGACAAAUUUAACUUAACAAACACUGACGUCAUUAUUGUUAACAAGACGACGAUGUAUUCUGAUAGGUGGUAUCUGGCGAAGAUGUGGUGCACUAAAGUAUUGGACAAUGAACGAAUACUUGUAUUCAGAUAUCAUUAUCCGAAAACUGCCAGUAAUAGCACGCUGCUUUUGAUAAUUCAGGACGAGUUGGAGGAUCAACCCGUGGCUGAUGUGUGGGUGGUUGUCGCCAGUGUAAUAGGAGCGGUGCUGUUAAUCGGCAUAUUGACACUUAUCGCUUGGAAGUUGCUUGUGGAUAUGCACGACAAGAGAGAAUACGAGAAGUUCAUAAUGAGUUCCACAGAGCCCGGAUACGACGAGUCAUCGAAUCCGCUCUACAACGCCCCGGCUACCAGAUUUGUCAAUCCUGCAUAUGCAGGUGAAGAUUGUCACUAGACAUCGCUAUCAUCACAACAGCUGAUCGACGUCCACUGCUGGACAUAGCCGGCGUUGGUCGGCUUAGGACCGUUGGCCGUAUAACACAUUUUCACUAUAAAGCUCUUGUAUGCCUAUUUGUGACCAGUGGACGCAGAAAACCAAUUGAUGCAAUAUCCAUAGUUGGCCUUCUGCUUUAUUAACAUGUGGUUAUUUUCGUAUACAGCAUGGGCUGACUUUCAGGUUUUUAAAAAUAACCAAUCAUCUAAUAAUGAUUUUCAUAAUAAAUGGUAUAUUUACGCUAAC